AACGGUGACGUUGAUAUCACACUCUCGAGCAAGUGAUCGAUUACAGGGUUAGGAUGAAGUGCAGGGUCAACCGCCCUUGCGAAGAUCUCUUACGGAAUCUGAUAAUGUAGAUCACUUGAUUAUGCAUCAACAGCGCCCUGAAUCUCCGCUUGACAGCCAUGAGAGACGGACAGGGGCAAGUGUGAGAUGAUGACUACGACUCCUUCACAACACAAAACAGCCCGCGGAUCGGAAUCUUCUAUCGUCUGUAACCCACGGAACUAGACUCCGUUCUGCCUUUACCUUGAAUCAAGUCUCCAUGCCUUCCAACGAGUCUCUUACUCACGCUGCCCCGGCCAACAAUGCUGUCCUCCGCAACAUCAACGCCAACUAUACCGGCUAUGACUAUGUAAGCUGGUACGUCGGCAACGCCCGCCAAGCGGCCACCUACUUUGUCGCCCACUUCGGCUUCAGCAUCGUCGCCUACCGGGGACCGGAGACUGGCUCCUAUCUCUCGUGCUCGUACGUCGUUGCCAAUGGCACUGCCCGAUUCGUGUUCACCGCGCCCAUCGUCGCACCCUACAACAUCUCCGAGAAGCGUGGCGCGGCCGAGGAUCGCAGGUUACUCGAAGAGAUCCAAGCGCACCUGAACAAACACGGGGACGGGGUAAAGGACAUCGCCUUCCAGGUCGACGAUGUGGCAGGGGUCUGGGAGCAUGCCGUCCAGAACGGGGCCGUUUCGCUCCAGGAACCCACGACGCUAAAAGACGACGUCGAUGGCGAGGUUCUCCGUGCCACCAUCAAGACUUACGGCGACACCGCGCACACCCUCAUCAACCGAUCCGCAUACCGGGGGGCUUUUCUCCCUGGAUAUUCCGCCGUGUCGGGCUUGGACCGCUUGAACGACUUCCUACCGCCUAUCGAUGUGAUUGAGAUUGACCAUUGCGUCGGCAAUCAACCAUGGGAUGGGUUGGACACGAUUGUUAAGUUCUACGAGGAUGCACUGAAUUUCCACCGCUACUGGACCGUCGACGACAAGGAUAUGUGCUCGGAUUUCUCCGCCAUGCGCUCGGUGGUCGUUGCCUCGCCGAACGAAGUGAUCAAGAUGCCGAUGAAUGAGCCGGCUAUCGGUCUGAAGAAAUCCCAGAUUGAAGAAUUCGUCGACUACUACAACGGCGCCGGCUGCCAGCACAUCGCCUUCCGAACCACCGACAUCAUCGCCGCCGUCGAGAACCUAGACAAGCGCGGCGUUAACUUCCUCUCCGUGCCGGACAACUACUACGCCACCAUGAAGAAACGGCUCGCCGCCAGCAGCCUGACCAUCGCGGAAAACAUCGAUACGCUGCAGAAGUAUAACAUCCUGAUCGACUUCGACGAAGGGGGCUACCUGCUGCAGAUCUUCACGAAGCAUGUCGUCGACCGGCCGACGGUGUUCAUUGAGAUCAUCCAGCGGGAGAACUUCGAUGGGUUCGGGGCGGGCAACUUUCGGAGCUUGUUUGAGGCGUUUGAGCGCGAUCAGGCUGCUAGGGGGAAUUUGUAGAGCGUUGACUUUGUUUGGGUCUGUGAGCGUUUGCUUUGAUUGCUUUGCGGGUGUCUGGAUGUUAUUUUUCUAUGAAGAGGGACAGGGGUGGCUUGAGGAUACUAAAUUGUGGCUGUACGGCGGAUGUCUUCACUUUCGGCUGUACUAAUGAAAGCUUUGGGCUGGGACCAGAUUGCGAAUGCGUUGGAAGAUGAUAGAAUGACCAGCAAUAGUGG